UUCAUUCGAUGCGUAAUGUGUAUCGCGCGAACGGAAGCUGGAAUCGAGUCGCGGAACGGAUUUUCUAAAAUUCGCGAAGCUGGUUUCUAUCGGUGAAUAAGGACGAGCGACGGUUGGGCCCGAUUUUCCGGUGAUCGGCUGAGUGGGGGGCGCCACUAUAAGAAGAUUAAUCACCGACGGGACAAGACAGUUCACGGUUGGAUCGCUGAUCAGCAACAGACGCCACGAUCGUCGCGAAUAUUCGACCGCUGUUCACGUUCGCACGAGAUAACAUGUCUGCCAGAAUCAGAAGUGUCUUCAUCAGCGAUCCUGUGGACGCCUGCUGCGGUGAGCUGCUGGCUCGUCACGGUGUCCCAGUCACGGUCAAAAACAAAUUAUCCAAAGAAGAGUUGAUUAAAGAGCUUCAGAAUCACGAUGCCUUAAUCGUCAGGUCGGAGACAAAGGUCACCAGCGAUGUUUUUGAGGGUUGCCCGAACCUCCGUGUGGUUGGCCGAGCUGGAACCGGGGUAGACAACAUUGAUCUCAAAGCAGCUACAAAAAAAGGAGUCAUAGUACUUAACACUCCAGGCGGAAACAGUAUCAGUGCCUGCGAGCUAACCUGCGCAUUGAUCUCAGCUUUGGCGCGAAACGUAGCUCAGGCAGCCGGAGCCUUAAAGGAAGGACGAUGGGACAGGAAGCUUUACUCCGGUUUCGAGUUAUCCGACAAAACGCUGGCUGUGCUGGGCAUGGGGCGAAUUGGUCGUGAAGUUACUCGACGAAUGCAAGCAUUCGGGAUGCGCGUGAUCGCGUUCGACCCGCUUCUAACAGCUGAAGACGCGAAAGAACUAGAGGUAGAGAAACUUAGUUUAGAAGAAAUAUGGCCUCAAGCAGAUUAUAUCACCGUGCACACACCGUUAAUUCCUCAGACAAGGAACCUAAUCAACGCGACCACAUUGGCCAAAUGCAAGAACGGUGUACGCAUUGUGAACGUGGCUCGAGGGGGUAUCGUAGACGAGGAAGCGCUGUUGAACUCGAUUGAAUCUGGCCACUGCGGAGGCGCGGCUCUAGACGUGUUCGUUGAAGAACCACCGAAGAACCCCGUCACCUUGAAGCUGAUCGCUCACCCAAAAGUCGUCGCAACUCCUCACCUUGGAGCCAGUACCGCCGAGGCUCAAGAACGAGUAGCCGUAGAAAUCGCUCAACAGUUUCUAGUGUUGGCGGGUAAGUCGACCGAGUACGCGGUCACUGGCAUCGUGAAUGCUCCAAUGUUAGCGGGCGCCAUGACAGAAGAGAAUACACCAUGGAUAGAAUUGUCAAAGAAGUUAGGUCAGAUGGCUGUCCGGCUUUCCACGGACAAAUCCAAGUUUGUUUUAAAAAGCGAGACAAUUGGUAGCGGGAUGAAGGAGAAGGCGUUCAUUCACACGGCCGUUCUGGUCGGCGCUUUAUCCGCGCAAACGAAAAAUGGAUUGAAUUUAAUUAAUGCACCGUUGCUGGCUCAAGAGAUAGGCAUCGAUCUUCAAGAGAGCCACCAAGAGGCUGAGAUCAAAGCCGUCGCGAUUGAAGUGGAGGGCCAUCGAGUCAAAGGAACUGUUCGCAAUAACGAACUCCUAUUGCUGUCACUGGACGACGCAGUGUUUGCCAACGGGAUCGCUUUGGGAAAUUACGUUGCUCUGUACCAAGCAAACGGUGUCCAAGAUCUGGCACAGAUCGUGAACGCAUUCUCGACAAAGGGAAUCAACAUUCACAAUUUGAGUGCCAGCGGCAACUGGAUAAUAAUCCAAACCGACCGAGAAGUCUCCGUGAACGUUGAUGGCAUUAAGAACUUCUAAACUAUAUGCCUGGCAUUCAGGCGCACAAAUCUUGAAACAUCUCUGUUAUUUUUCGUGAUCGAUGAAAUUUACACAGCGGCGAUUGAUAAGCAAUGAAGUAUUUUAGUACGACAUAACUAUAUAAUUUUCUUAUUAUUGUAUCAUUUGCCCUGAAAAUAACAGAGAUGUUCUGAGGUUUAGUGUUAAGCGAUUCGACUUACUAGAUUGUCUUCGUUCAAUCUCACAUUUUUUUUCUGUUUCCACUUAUACAUGUUUUAGAAAAGAUAUACAGUAUUUGAAAGCUCGAAAUAAUCGAGUAACGGUCGUUACUUUUAGUAUCGACGUAUUAGGUCUCUCUUCGCGGUCGUCUAUUUAUUAUUCGACUCAAAUAGUUAGGGGAUGUGUGCAUCGUGUCCGUGUAUUCAUCGAAAACGCUUUCGAAAAAUAUAUGUAUGUAUAUAAAUAUUUAUACUUUUGUAUCGCUAGCAUUAAUAAAAAAUAUUACCGUCAUUACAUACACAUAUAUAUAUAUAUAUAUGAGAAAAAGCAUUGAAUAAAUAUUACAUGUUCUUUAUACAAAAGUACAAGAGAAGUAUACAUCAUACAAAAUACUUUUCUCUCUCUUUCUUGGUAGAGUAAAGUUGUUGUGCAAAACACUGAAUAACGCAAUUUUCUGUAAACUCUAACAUAUCCAACGUGUGAAACAUAAACAUUAUUAGUUAUUUAUACAAUAUAAAAUCUAUCAAUGUCAUCACUGAAUCUAACAUUACAAAAAGAAUUUAGGCUCCUAUUCUUUGAUAACUACUAACAUGGCAGCCAUUGAAGGUGUAAUCAAUACCAUCCUAUAAAAAAUAAA